UCGUUAAUGUGUGGUGGUGUUUGUAAACGAAUAGUUGUCCGGCGGUGUUGAAGUGCGUUUGCUGUAUUUCGCCUUUGUUUACGUUUUACUUUUGCAUCUGGAAGUUCUAUAAAGAGCAUUAUUGAUACAAUGAAAAAAUUUCGAGAUCGUUGCUUUUAUCAAUAAUAUGUUCUCGCAUUUAAGAUUUAACAUGAAGUUGCUAUUUGGUCUUCUAUUUAUUAUAUUGCUUUUAGCCGUUAUUCUCAAUUUUAAAUUAUUGGCAGAUGCUGAGAAUUCUAGUAUUUCAAGGGAUCCUGAUUUGGAUUUGGUGCAUAAAAAGAUAGAACAUUUAUCUAUGCAGAUCAAUAAACUUCAGGACAUAACUUCUAAACCUUACCCGAAAGUGAAAAAAUUAGGAUACAGUGAAAGAAAAAGGAUACUGAUUACUGGUGGAGCAGGAUUUGUAGGCAGUCAUCUUGUUGACAGACUUAUGUCUGAAGGUCAUGAAGUAACUGUUGUUGACAACUUUUUUACUGGUAGCAAGAGAAACAUCGAACAUUGGAUAGGUCAUGAAAAUUUUGAGCUUAUUCGGCAUGAUAUUGUAAAUCGCUUAUAUGUUGAAGUUGAUCAGAUAUAUCAUCUUGCAUCUCCUGCAUCACCCCCACACUAUAUGUUUAAUCCUGUGAAGACAAUUAAAACAAAUACUAUAGGAACAAUAAAUUUGUUAGGUUUAGCUCGAAGAGUUGGAGCUAGGAUCCUAGUUGCUUCAACUUCUGAAGUUUAUGGAGAUCCUGAAGUUCAUCCACAGAGUGAAGAUUAUUGGGGCCAUGUUAAUCCUAUUGGUCCACGAUCUUGCUAUGAUGAAGCAAAGCGUGUAGCUGAAGCUUUAAGCUAUGCAUAUGCAAAACAAGAGAAAGUAGAAGUUAGAGUAGCUCGUAUUUUUAAUACAUAUGGUCCAAGAAUGCAUAUAAAUGAUGGUCGCGUAGUCAGCAAUUUCAUUCAACAGGCUCUACAAAACCAUUCAAUAACAAUUUAUGGCACUGGAAAGCAAACUCGAUCAUUCCAGUAUGUUAGUGACUUAGUGGAUGGACUUGUUUCACUUAUGAACAAUAAUUACUCGUUGCCAAUUAAUUUAGGCAAUCCAGAAGAAUAUUCUAUUGAGCAGCUUGCUACAGUAAUUAAAGAAUCAGUCGGUGGUGUGAGUCCUAUUGUAAAGCAAUCUGGUGUGCAAGAUGAUCCCCAGAGAAGGAAACCUGAUAUUAAUAGAGCCAAACUGUAUUUGGGAUGGAGUCCCAAAGUAUCAUUAAAUGCUGGUUUGAAGAAAACUGUGGAAUAUUUUGUGAAAGAAUUGAUGAAAGAAAAUGCCAAAGAUGUAUAUUCCUGAAGCUGUAUAUUUCAGUAUUAUUUAUAUUUCCCUCACAUCUUCCAUCUGAUCACUCAACUGAGCUGUAAAAAGGCUACAAGGCAGUGUAGAUAAAUUCACCAACAUGCGACAAAGAUUCAGGGACAGAAUCACCAACAUGCAGAUUCAGGACAGUUUUAAUAUUGUUGAUAAAAACUGCAUAAAUUGGAAAAGAAUCAACUUUCUCCAUUAAAUAUCAUGAUCAUUGAAUUUUAAAAUCUGUGAAUUUUGAACUUGAGAUGAGAUAUGUGAAAUCAGAAACGACUUCAAAAUGCACAAUAUUCUUGAAUCUGAACACUGAAUCACAAUACAAACUUAAUGCCACUAAUUAGUUCUUUAGCUACCACUGUUAUCCAUAGUCUAAAUUAUAAUCAUAUUUGCCAAAUUUCCUGCUGCACUUCACGUAUUGUGCAACUGAGAUAAGCAAGACUUUUGUUGAAUAAAUGACACUAUAUAGAGAUUUAAAUUUCUUUCUAAUGAAGAUUAUGAAAAAUAGAUUGGACUCUCAGAUAUCUAUUAGAAGUUGCCAAAGUGUGAUGUCUUCUAAUGUAACUGAGCUAUUUUUAAUUUAAAAAAUAAAAUUUGUUACAUUUAUUACAUGCCACUUUAAAUAAUAAUUGCAACAUGCAUUUGAAAAAUUGUUAUGAAAUAAUUGUUUUAUUUUCAGAAAAUAAUUAUAU